GUUCUCCCCGACUGGCUUAAGAGCGGCUUGAGGGUUGCAGGCGCGGUGUCUGGCAGGAGCGACAUCAUCAAGUACGUGGGCGAAACUGUUGACAGAUUUCUCGAUAGAAAAGAUCGGAUGACCGCUAAGGAGCUGAAAAAGCGUAAACUUCCUGAGAUGAUUCCAAACAGAGAAAUGGCACUCGCUAUUGACCACGGCCUCAAAAGUGCAGGAUUGUCAUUAGAGUAUUUCAUUCCGAAGGUGAAGAUGGCUCCGUUAGCGGCGAACGAGAUUCGAUACAUCAUUGAACUUCCAGAGGACAGGCGGGUUCCAGGCACGAGUAGGUUCAGGAGUUGCAUCACGAACAAGGACAAUGGGCCGACGCGGGUGGAGUUGCCACGUCAGCUGAACUGGGCCGAAGGUUGUAGCUCGCUCCACUCGCCGAGUCUCCACAAGUCUUUCGACGAGGGCUCGAUCGGCUUGCCGAUGACUCACUGGAUGGAUUGUUUUCUCGGAGUGCGCGGUGCAUCUAUUGAGGACAAGUGGCAUCGCUUCUGGAACGACAUGAAGGGCGCGCUGAUCGAGAACGACUUGUGGUCGGUCAUCAGCGAGCGCACGGUUGUGUUCAACAUGAUGACUGCCCCCUUCGGCCACCACAAGUUCUUCACUGAAAUCUCGGAGGACAUCUGCGCAGAGAAGGGCAUGCUGGACGACUUCGGCAUUGGCACCGAGAACCACAAGGAGUAUGUGUGGAACAUGGUCAAAAAUAGCAUUGCUUGGUCGAUCAAAGGCUCCAGAGUAAAAAUUGGCAGGUCGGCUAGUUGGAUCAACGCUAACCGUGAGUGGAGGGGCAAAAAGAUGGAAGUAUUGUUGGUGUUGGUGUACAUUGGCAUGCUACAUGGUUGGUGGAAGUCCCUCGACGGAGUUCCGAUCACGCCGUCGGCGAUGAAGAUUCUCGAG